ACUGCACCACCAAAGAGCUCAAUUGAUCCGUACCCAAUUGGAUGCUCAGAGCAGUUCACAGAGCUUCACUAUUCAAGAAUCAACUCAGAUCGACGCCAAUUGCUCCUGCUCUACGCACCAUGUCGACCGAUCUCUCUACCUACAAGUUCAACCACACGAUGCUUCGUGUCAAGGACCCUCAGGCGUCCUUGAAAUUCUACCGUGAUACCCUCGGUAUGAGCUUGGUCAACAAGUGGGACUUUGAGGAGGACAAGUUCUCUCUCUACUUCCUUGCUUACGACUCCGAGGGUGCUACCGAGGGAGGAAAGCCCUGGUCUGACCGUGAGGGUAUCCUUGAAUUAACCCACAACCACGGUACCGAGAACGACCCCGACUUCAAGCCCCACAACGGCAACUCUGAUCCCCGCGGUUUCGGACACAUCUGUAUCUCCGUCGACAACAUUCAAGCCGCCUGCGAGCGUCUCGAGAAGGCCGGCGUCAAGUUCCAGAAGAGGUUGACUGAUGGACGUCAGAAGGAUAUUGCUUUCGCUCUUGAUCCAGACAAUUACUGGGUCGAGAUCAUCGGACAGCCCCAGAAGGCCAACGUCGCCGAGACUGACUUGAAGAACUACCGCUUCAACCACACCAUGAUCCGUGUCAAGGACCCUCGGGCUUCGCUCAAGUUCUACACUGAGCAGCUCGGUAUGGAGGUUGUGAGGAAGAAGGUCUUCGAUGAGGCCAAGUUCACGCUUUACUUCUUGGCUUACACUCACGGCGCUGGCGUCCCCGCCGACGAUGGCCGCACAAACCCCGUCGCCGAUCGCGAAGGUAUCCUCGAACUAACCCACAACCACGGCACCGAAUCUGACCCCAACUUCACCCCGUACCACACCGGCAACGACGAGCCCAAGGGCUACGGCCACAUCGCCAUCUCCGUCGACAACAUCGAGGCGGCGUGUAAGAGGUUUGAGGAGAACGGGGUUACGUUUAAAAAGAAGUUGACGGAUGGACGCAUGAACAACAUUGCGUUCAUGUUGGACCCGGAUGGCUAUUGGAUUGAGGUUAUUCCCAAGGAGUUGGCAAAGGAGUAA